GUACUCAGAGCGUCGCAUCGCCAUCGUGCCUGCCCUUCAUAUCCGUCCACAUCCUACGAGGCUCUGCUCCAAAAGCGCAGCUCAACGAUGGCCCUGCUCAAGACCAACAAGGUGAUCUACUGUCUGGGGAACAUCUCCCCGUCCCUGGGAGUCCUGUCCACCCGCAACAGCUCAUGGUGGGGUGGAGUGCAGAUGGGUCCCCCCGAUCCCAUCCUGGGGGUGUCCGAGGCCUUCAAGAGGGACACCAACCCCAAGAAGAUGAACCUGGGAGUCGGAGCCUACAGGGAUGACAAGGGCAAGCCCUUUGUGCUCAGCUGCGUCCGCAAGGCAGAGGCUAUUAUCACAACCAAACAGAUGGAUAAGGAGUACCUUGGCAUUGGUGGUUUGGCGGAGUUUUCCAAGUCCUGCGCCCAACUCGCUUUCGGUGCUGAUAAUGAAGUCUUGAAUAGGAGCAUCACUGUCCAGACCAUCUCAGGAACUGGAUCUCUGCGCAUUGGAGCCAACUUUUUGGCUCGAUUCCACGGAGGUCCACGUGACGUGUACCUGCCUAAGCCGUCCUGGGGAAACCACACACCCAUCUUCAGAGACGGUGGCAUGCAGCUCAAAGCAUACAGAUACUACGACCCGUCCAGCUGCGGCUUUGACUUCAAAGGAGCUCUCGAUGACAUCUCUAAAAUCCCGGAGCACAGUGUGAUCAUGCUGCAUGCUUGCGCCCACAACCCCACUGGUGUGGACCCCAAGCCUGAGCAGUGGAAGGAGAUUUCUGACAUCGCGAAGAAAAGAAACCUGCUCGUGUUUUUCGACAUGGCCUAUCAGGGCUUUGCGAGUGGAGACAUCGAUCGUGAUGCCUGGGCUGUGCGCUACUUCAUCGAGCAGGGCCACAACAUCCUGCUGUCCCAGUCCUUCGCCAAGAAUAUGGGACUCUAUGGUGAGCGCGUGGGCGGCUUCACUGUGGUGUGUAGCGACACGGAGGAGGCAAAGAGGGUGGAGUCUCAACUUAAGAUCCUCAUCAGGCCCAUUUACUCCAACCCACCAAUGAACGGCGCUAGAAUUGCAGCAACCAUUCUCAAUACACCAGAUCUGCGCUCACUGUGGCUGGAGGAGGUUCAUGGUAUGGCUAACCGCAUCAUUAAGAUGAGAGAACAGCUGGCGGCUGGUCUGAAAAAUGAGGGCUCCUCCCACAACUGGCAACACGUCAUCGACCAGAUCGGGAUGUUCUGCUUCACAGGCCUCAAACCCGAACAGGUUGAGCGCCUGACAAAGGAGUUUUCAGUGUACAUGACCAAGGAUGGUAGAAUUUCGAUGGCAGGCGUGACCUCUGGGAACGUGGGCUACCUGGCACACGGGAUCCAUGCGGUCACCAAGUAGAGUGGAUCCUGCUGGGAGAGCGACAUAAACAAAGCAGCAGCGUUAACGAGGAGCAUCGCGCGUCACUCGUUCUCUGGCUCCUCCAUUCCACCGUCUAGAAAAGAGCUCUAUGUUUAGUUAGACAUUUUCUUAAUUGGAUUUCAUCACGAGUUCAACUUGUUGCUGUCAAACUAUUACAUUUCUGAUUCACUUUUUUCUUUUUGAACAUUUCACUGAGCAGACUCUCCAAAUUAUAAAAAAACACAUUUCCUCCCACGACUGACGGAUCAUCUUUGCUUAUUUAUUAUGUUGAAUCAACUGUUGGCUGUGUGUUAGUCUCCUCCUAACUGUGUGCUGUUCAUCGGCAGUGGGCCCACUCACUAUAAAACAUCCAGAAACCAACAUGGCGGUAAUGUUAGACUAUGCAUUCAUUUUAUGCACAGGUUGAGAUUUCUGUUGCUACGUGAAAGCCCGUUGAAAAUGUGAGCCCUUUGUUUCUUUUUUUCCUUUUCGAUAUAUAAUGGUGGAGUCGUAGCACUUUAUAAGUUGAAAGGCACUGUUACAGUUUCAAGAUUAGACCGACAUUCUGUUUAUUUGUCAAUCAGGGAAUCAAUUCACCAUCAUUCUAAUCUGCAGUUGUCCAUCUGAACUAAUCAAUCAUCCAGUAAUCUCCUUAUCUUCGUUGGGGAUUUCCCCGUCGUUCUCCUUUGUAUUCACAAAUUUUUCAGUGGUAUUUUCAACCAUCUUUGGGUUUCAAUGUAGUAGGUGGCAGCCGGGCAGCGGUCCCUUUCUAAUGCCUGAUACAAACAAGCACACAAGCCAAACACUGUUAAACUUAAGCGAUCGAUACUUUGAGUCUUUUCUAUAUUCCACCAUAGCCCCAAAUUCAAAUCCCUGUUUUUAAGAUUUGUUUUAUUUUAAUCACGCAGUCUUUGUGUGGUUAAUAGAAAUGAGUCGGGUAAGUGAUCCUGUUGAACUUUGAACAGUUGGAGAAGAAUUAAACACCUGCUGCUCAUCACGUGUAUGUGUACAGUGUAUGAAUCUGGUCAUCACCCCCAGCAUUCUCAUACUUCUGAAACCUCUGGCACUACGCCUCCAUGUUUUGCAUUCUGUCAUAAAAUAAUGGAUCCUUGGACUUGUACCUUAUUGAACAAACAAUAAAUGGUUAUAGAAGAAUGA